UACGGAAGCAAGUGCAGGAAGGGAUGCCUUCCUCUGUUACUGGGGAGCCGUGGCCCCCAGGCACAGUGAGGGUGGAGCUCUGGGAUGGUAUAAGCUGUGCCAGGCAUCCGCUUCCCGCUCCCAGCCCCCUCCCUGCCCAUCCUCCUCCCUUCUCCAGUCUCCUCCCUGGUGGGUCUUGCCUGGCCUUUCCCUUUCAGUUUUGGGCCCUGACUUUGUCUUUCAGCUGGAAGAUCUGGCACAUGGAGGACGAUGCACCAAGACCAAAAGAGUCCAUCUCUUUUGCAUCCAUGGCCUAUGGUCUGGAGAACACGGGAGCUGAGCUCUUAGACAGUCUGGAGGAAGGCCGGACUCCUAGCAGUGACUUGAGACCCGCAGAGGAAAGGGAUAAUUGGAGCAAGUCCAGCCAGGAGCCCUUUUCAGGAUGGAGGAGCCUGCAGCCAGCCAUGAGAGUUAGACACUUCUGCGGGGAGCACACACAGCUAUUUCGAUGGAUCUGCAUAGGCCUGCUCUGUACUGCAUUCGCUGCCUUCCUGCUGGUUGCCUGUCUUCUGGAUUUCCAGAGGGCCUUGGCCCUAUUUGUCCUCACCUGUGCGGUCCUUGCCUUCCUGGCUCACAGCCUGCUGAAGAGGUUGCGGGGGCCAAAGCUGCUGAGGUGUGUCAGGCCUCUGGGGCCUUCCUGCCUGAACCUCUGGUUUAAGAGGGGUCUGGCCCUCGCCGCUUUCCUGGGCCUGGUCCUGUGGCUGGUUCUGGACACCUCCCGGCGGCCUGAGCAGCUGGUGUCCUUUGCAGGAACCUGCGUGUUCAUCAGCAUCCUCUUUGCCUGCUCAAAACACCGUCACGCAGUGUCCUGGCGGGUCGUGUCCUGGGGCCUUGGGCUACAGUUUGUACUUGGACUCCUUGUCAUCAGAACAGAACCUGGGUUUAUUGCAUUCCAGUGGCUGGGUGACCAGAUCCAGAUCUUCUUGAGUUACACUGAGGCCGGCUCCAGCUUCGUGUUUGGGGACACUCUGGUCAAGGAUGUCUUUGCGUUUCAGGUUCUGCCCAUUAUUGUUUUCUUCAGCUGCGUCUUGUCAGUUCUCUACUACGUGGGCCUCAUGCAGUGGGUGAUCCUGAAGAUUGCUUGGCUGAUGCAGGUAACCAUGGGCACCACGGCCACCGAAACCCUGAGCGUGGCUGGAAACAUCUUUGUAAGCCAGACGGAGGCUCCUCUACUGAUCCAGCCCUACUUGGCAGACAUGACCCUCUCUGAAAUCCAUGUUGUCAUGACCGGAGGCUACGCCACGAUUGCUGGCUCCCUGCUGGGCGCCUACAUCUCUUUUGGGAUUGAUGCUGCCUCCUUGAUUGCUGCGUCUGUGAUGGCCGCCCCUUGUGCUUUGGCCCUCUCCAAGCUAGUCUACCCAGAGGUGGAGGAGUCUAAGUUCAGGAGUGUGGAAGGAGUGAAACUGAGCUGUGGAGAUGCUCAGAACCUCUUAGAAGCCACCAGCAGUGGGGCUGCCGUCUCUGUGAGGAUCAUAGCCAACAUUGCAGCCAACCUGAUUGCCUUCCUGGCUGUGCUAGCCUUUAUCAACGCUGCUCUUUCCUGGCUGGGGGCCAUGGUGGACGUUCAGGGACUCAGCUUCCAGGUCAUCUGCUCCUAUGCCCUUCGGCCUCUGGCCUUCUUGAUGGGUGUGGCCUGGGAGGACUGCCCAGUGGUGGCUGAGCUGCUGGGGAUCAAGCUGUUUCUGAAUGAGUUUGUGGCCUAUCAGGAGCUCUCCCAGUACAAGCAGCGCCGCCUUGCGGGGGUUGAGGAGUGGAUUGGCGCCAAGAAGCAGUGGAUCUCCGUCAGAGCAGAGGUCCUCACGACAUAUGCCCUCUGUGGAUUUGCCAACUUCAGCUCCAUUGGAAUCAUGCUGGGAGGCCUGACUUCCAUGGCCCCCCAGCGGAGGAGCGACUUCUCCCAGAUUGUGCUCCGGGCACUCUGCACAGGUGCCUGUGUGUCCUUGGUGAACGCCUGUGUGGCAGGGAUCCUCUACGUGCCCGGGGGCACCCAGGUCAACUGCACAAUGCUCCUGAACACCACCCUCAGCGCCAGCAGCUUUGAGGUGUACCGGUGCUGCCGAGAGGCCUUCCAGAGCACCAGCCCAGAGUUCAGCCCACAGGCCCUGGAUAACUGCUGCCGGCUCUACAACCACACCAUCUGUGCAUAGUGCGGACAGCAUGCCUUUGUGCCUCUGGGGGCUGUUCUUUCCCAAGGGGCAGCUGUCCCUACCUUUCCUUCUCCGGGCCUCUCCUCUGGGAAGCCACAGGGCUUAGACCCACCACAGUCACACAGCGGGAGGAUUGGCGGGGCAAGCGGGUGGAGACUGAGUGGCUGUGUAAGUGAAGGGUGCCCCGACUCCUCACCCACUUCCUGCUCCCCCAUUUCCUGCCUCCCAUGUGAGUCCUCAGGGUCCCUUCUGCCUCCUUCUCUCUCCCCUUCACAUCCACUAGCACCCUGGUCUUCUCCAGCCCCCGUCGUGGGUCUCUCCCAGCACCCUUCCCUUCCUGUAUGGCCCCUCCCCCUGGCACUUUGGCCCCUCCUUCUCUCCUCUCUGGGCACUUGAGUCUUGCUGGGGCUUACCCCUGCCCCCUGCCCGAGGUUUGUCCUAGAGACCCACUCCUUUACUUUCAGAGAUUACUCCACUGCCUUCCCCCACGGCACUUCCCAAACUGGUGUCCUGUGGAACACUGUCCCACGAUGUGUGUCCAGAAGCUUCCAUUUUUCUCUAGGGUUGGGGAACACUGGGCUAAAUAAAGUUAGACAGUUUGGGUCUUUCUUCCUCCCUCCUUGCCCCCUCUCCCUGUUCCUAUGAACUUGUCAGAGCUCGUUGUGGAUAUCAUAGGAGACGUUUUCCAAAUUUAUUUGAAUAGAAGAACCUUUUUGAUGGAAGCAUCUUUUAGUUGAAGAGUCCAUGGAGCACAAUUUGGGAAAUAUAGGUUAAUGUUUAAACUACUUCACAUAAUUCUACUGCUCACAAAUGUUUACAUAGCACCAUGUGCCAGACACUGCUCUCAGUGCUUCAUACAUUCUAACUCAAUCUUUACAACAACCCUAUGAAGGCAGGUACUAUUAUUAUUCUUAGCUGAGGCCCAGAGAGGUUAAGUAACUUGCCCAAAGUGACUCAGCUGGGGGGAUGAAGAAGCAGGAUUUGAACCCCGACCAUCUAGUUCCGUAAGCCGUGGUGUUUAAUGUCUUCGCUGGGCUGCUUCCAGUCAAGGAGCUCGGUCGUGUGCUUUCCCUCAGCUCCUUCCCUGCCCCUUCUCCCACCCCGACACCUCUGACCAGCAGGCCAGGCUUCUGAUGUGUUUGUUCUCCCAGCCCCUGAGCCUUCAUCUCUGGACUUCGGUCACCCAGCACACCCCCUCCUUCUCCCUUUGUCUGUGCUGCUUCUAUCUCAAUUCUUAGGUCCCCGGUAGCUUUGAUUACAAUGACGUGCACUGUACCUGUCCCUGUGGUCCCUGGGCCCCUGUACCCACACCCCCUCUGUCAGGUCAGACUUCCCAGGUGGGAGCCUGCACUGGCUGAGGCAGAGGGAAUAUGAGGCUCGUCAGCACUGACCCUGCUCGGUUCCAGUCAGCCAGGUGCUGCUUCUGCUCUGUCACGGACUUUGGUUCUACUGGCACUAGUCUUUCUCCUUGAAACCUCUGCAGGCUGCUUUGGGGUUCCUGUCCUUAGGGCCCGAGUCCUUCCCCUUAGCUGUGCAGAGUGGAGUCUUGGCCUAAUUGUCAUACCCCAUGGCCAGGCCCUUGCCGUGUUCUCUGCAGCUUCCCACUCAGCCCCUAUCCCUGCCCCAGCUUCCCUUGGGCUUCACAGGAUGUCCUGCUGAUACGGACGACACAACCGUCUCCCAGCAUCGGACCCUGGGCCCCUCCCCAGCCUCUCUGCUGGGUCAGGAGCUGCCUAAGGGCCCCCUUCCCGGCUUCCCUGGCCUCCCUGUUCACUCAGCACAUGGCCAGUCUCAUUCCCUGAAGACCGUGAGCCCCAAGGAGACAGGGCUCACGGUGCUCCAGUCUUCCUCUCAGCACUCAGCACGGCGUUGGGCCCGUGAAGCGUGCUGGAGGGAACGUGCGUGGAAUUGAGUCGCACCUUCUCUCAGAGCCACCAGUGUGUACACCACUGCAGGAGAGUAAAUGUACUGCGGUGUGACUUAUGUCCCCCCAAAAGAUAUGCCCACGUCCCAACCCCUGAUCCCUGCGACCGACUUCAUCUGGAAAUAGGGUCUUAGAGAAGUAGUUAAGUGUCUCAACAUGAGAUUGUCCUGAGUGCAGCUCUUUGUGAGAAAGGAGAGGGCAGUUUGAGGCACACGGGCAGAGACACGGAAUGAAGGCCAUGGAAAGAUGGAGACACAGAUGGGAGUCAUCAGCUGCAAAUGGGCCCCCCCGUGGCGACAAGCCCAGCCCGGCUGGAGCUACCAGAAGCUGGAAGAGACGCAGAAGGAGUCAGAGGGAGUGUCCUACAGAUUGUGGACCUCUGGUCUUCAGAACUGUGAGAGAAUAAAUUUCUAUUGUUUGAAGCUCCCACGUUUGUGGUAAUUUGUUAUGGCAGC